AUGGAGAACACAUACUACAUCAUGGGAAUGAAAUUGCAGAGCGCUGUCCAUUUUGGGCCCCCAAAACACCUCCUAGUAGCUGCCGCCAUGGCACAUUGUGGCAGGAAGUUAAGUGAGGUCUACAUCGGAAGGCAUCAUCAUGCAAAUCAGCUCUACCAUCAAUUAAGCCCAGCUCGCAUUGAUGAGUCCAAGCUAGUAGAAGCUAUACUACGAUUACCGUCGCAGUACCAGGAGCAAGGAGCAUUCGAACUUGGUGGAACAAGCGCGAGCACUGGCCCGAUCGUUCGUCUGAAUACGAGUCAAGCGUUCGGUACCAACGCUGAAGCGUACUGGCCAGGUAGCAGCCAGUUGCUACAACCAUCGGAGUCAUUCACAGCUUAUCGGGCUGAACAGUACCAUUUUCCAUCCGUAACUAGUGACCUAGGCCAAGCUACCCCCUCAGGCUCGGGGGCCCAGGCCCAACCAGGCCACUGGCACUGCCAUCGGUAUUUCUGGAAUCUGAAGAUGGGCCUCGUCUUCAACGACAGGGUGCUUCAGAUACCUUGUCAAUGCACAGCGGCCCAAGUCGAGUCACUGCAGUAUCAGGUGUCCGCAUGCGGUAACCACUCGAAUGCCAUGACGAACCCGGAGCUACAGCCCAGUCAGGGUAAUCACAGCAUCCUACACGCCCAGUCACAGCGCCAGUUAUCAUUAGGUUCUUUUGGCUCGACGUUGCCUUUGCCUGUCAACAAUGACGCAACUAAGCGCACCAGGAUCCAACGCCCCAGUUCCAAGCAACGGACUUCUAGCAACGCUGCGCCUAGGGACGUUCCCCGUGCAAGAAAGUCCAAGGCAACGACGUCGAACUCGAUCGCCAUUGUAUCGCAGUCUUUACUCAUACAAGUGAACGAAGAAGCUGCCACGAAGAUGGCGAGCUUGAACUUUGAGGAGGGGUUUUUCCCUACCACAGAUGAGCUUACAGCGAGGGCCGAGAAAGCUCUGGACGACGUCGUCGCCCGUCAUGCAAACGAGGGAAUUAACGACUGGAGGUCGAUGAACGGCGCAGCCCACAUCAGCAAAUUGAAGCGCACCAUCACAACACUCCACCGCGACUUUGCGGAGCGAAUUGGCAGCGCUCUUACAGGCUUCCAAUUAACCUUUGAUAUAACCGAGAGCAAGGAAGAGAUGGACCUGCGGCGCCACGCCGUUGUCACUACCAUGCUGCUGGACGACUCGUUUCUAGAUGGGCACAUAAAGAUCCGGAUUAACGCAAACGAAUCCCGAACAUUCUGCGUUCCAUUUGCGCAUCUAACAAUCAUCGAUUUUAUGGAACACAUGUUGUCGCGCCAGCAGUAUUCCCGCUUUAUCCCCUUCCAUCAAGACGGCAAGUGGCAAACAUGUAUUAGAAAUAUCAUCUGCUUCAUUGCAGCUCUAUGUCGUUCGAAGAUGAGGCAGGCUGUGAGCAUAGGUGUUACUCCCUUCCCUAGCCAGCAAGAUAAGGAUUGGUACGCAGCUGCCAUAAAGGACACCCACUCGUUUACUGGAGAUAAAGAGACAGGGUUCAACUAUUUCAUCCGGGCUGUGCCCAGUAUGCUAGGGGUUUCGAACUACGGAGUACUGGCUCAGAAUUCGGUUGAGUAG